GCUCCACAAACUAUGAUAGUCUUCGCCUCAUCUCAAACACCAAUCAAGAACAAACACUUCUUCAACCUCGCCAUGAUUACUCACAGAUGCUUCUUACUCUUCUUCUUCUUUAUCAGUAGCUUCCUCUGUUCUGCUACCAUUGAAGCACUACGACCUACUUAUCUUUACCACAACUGCUCCACCGCCGGAAAAAGCUUCUCUGCUAAUAGUACCUUCCAAUCCCACCGGACCACCCUCCUCUCCUCCUUAGCUUCAGCCAAUGCCGCCUUCUACAACGCCACCGUUCCUGGAGGCAGUGAAGCCAUCUACGGCCUCUUCAUGUGCCGGGGCGACGUCUCCCUCCAGGUCUGCCGCGAAUGCGUCGCUAACGCAACCCAACUGCUACCUUCUGAGUGCCGGUUUUCGAAGGAGGCCGUAAUCUGGUACGACGAGUGCAUGCUUCGCUAUUCCAACACCUCUUUCUUCUCCACCAUUGAUAAAUGGCCAACCGUCGUCAUAUUGAACCCGUACAAUAUCUCCAACUCAUACCAGGCAAGAUUCAAGAGUUUCUUGCUGGAUUUUAUGAAUGAGACGGCAAGUAUGGUAGCGGUGCCGAAAUCUGCGUCGGAGGAAAAGGCGUAUGCGAAGAACCAAGCUAAUUUUCAGUCUCAAACUGUGUACAGUCUAGCUCAGUGCACGCCGGAUCUACGGCUUGAAGAUUGCAGAAGUUGUUUGAGUGGUGUGAUUGGGAACAUUCCGUUGUGUAGUGAGGGGAAGAUCGGAGGAAGAGCUGUGAAUCCCAGCUGCAACAUUCGCUAUGAAAUGUCCCCGCCAGAGGCACCGGCACCGGCACCGGCGCCGGCAGUGUCCCCGGCUCUGACGCCUCCAUUUUUCCCUCGAACCAAUACUUCACGUCAUCCUCGACCUCCAGGAAGGACAAUACUUGUAGUUGUGGCUUCUGCUGUUGUUGGAGGAAUAAUUUUUUAUUCGGCUUACUAUCUCUUAAAGAUUCGAAUGAAGAAGAGUCAUAGGGCUGGGCUCAGAAAAAAAUACUUUGGAACGGAAAGCACUACUUUAGAGCAUCUGCAAUUCAAUUUGGCUACGAUUGAGGCUGCGACAAAUAGGUUUUCUCAUGAAAAUAGUUUAGGGCGUGGUGGAUUUGGACAAGUUUUUAAGGGUAUUCUUUUAAAUGGUCAAGAAAUAGCGGUGAAGAGACUUUCAAAGGGAUCUGGCCAAGGUGCAGAAGAGUUUAAGAACGAGGUUUUAUUAAUAGCCAGACUCCAACACAGAAAUUUGGUGGCUUUGUUAGGAUUUUGUAUUGAGGAGCAAGAGAAAAUACUAGUUUAUGAAUAUGUUCCUAAUAGAAGCCUUGAUUACUUUUUAUUUGGUUCCCAAAACAGCAGGGUAUUAGAUUGGAUGGAGCGUAGUAAAAUCAUAGGAGGAGUUGCUCGAGGAAUUCUUUAUCUUCAUGAAUAUUCUCGUCUAAAAAUCAUACAUCGAGAUCUUAAACCUAGUAAUAUUUUGUUGGAUGAUGAAAUGAAUCCAAAAAUUUCAGAUUUUGGCCUAGCUAAGAUGGUUGCUAUUAGUGAAAAUGAAGGAAGUACAAAUCGAAUUGUUGGAACAUAUGGCUAUAUGUCUCCAGAAUAUGCAAUGUUCGGACAAUAUUCUGAAAAAUCAGAUGUUUUUAGUUUUGGAGUUAUAGUUUUAGAAAUUAUUAGUGGAAAGAAGAAUACGGGUUGUCAUGAUUCACAAUAUGCCGAUGGCCUCUUAAGCUAUACUUGGAAGCAGUGGAGGGACGACAAGUUGCUAGAGAUACUGGAUUCAAAUAUAAAUGAAUUGGGAUCAUACAAUGAAGUGAUCAAGUGCAUUCAAAUUGGUUUAUUAUGUGUUCAAGAAAAUCCAAAUACAAGGCCUUCCAUGGCUACAGUUGUUUCAUAUCUUAGCAAUGAUUCUAUUCAAUUGCCAUCACCACAGGAACCUGCUUUCUUUUUGCAUGGCAAACCAGAGCCUAUUAUCACCAGUGCAAGUGGAGAAUCAUGCUCUGUUAAUGAAGCUUCCAUGAGUGAAUUCUUUCCUCGCUAAAACAGGGCUUUUCUUUCAGUUUUAGUUGCACGUGACAACCAAUGUAGAAAGUGAAGAGAAUGUUUCUUUUGUCUUCCUUAAUAUUGUUUCAAUCAGUUAAAUACAAUCUUUUUUA